AAAAUUGUUAACAGAAAGACCAAAAAAAAAAAAAAACAAAGAAAAAAAUGUUUUUUGUAUAUAAAACCUUUCUGUUAAUUGGAAUAGUUCUAAGCAAUCACAUAAUUGGAACGCAAACGGUUAAAUUACAAAACGGAUAUACCAUCCGUGAUUACUACGAUGAAGAUGCUGGGGAGGACGCUGCUGAUUUUGUGCCCGUUAGACCUUGUAACAUUAUCCGUCGUGGCGAUCCUGACUUAACCAUGUAUGAUAUCAUAUCAGCGUAUCGUUUUGAUGAAUACCAUUACGAAUACCAAGAGGUACAACCAAUUGCAGGCUCAACUAGUUACCAAUUAGCUUAUCACAUUACGGAAUAUUCUAAUAUGAGUAUUGAGUCAUCGCGUGCUUUCCCAAAAGGAAUACCUGAUGAGUUUUCUUUCGAGAGUACUUUCCGUCUUUCUCAAGGGCAAGAAUUGGAUGAUUUUUAUCUUUUCGAGUUAAGUACUCAUCAGUACGAAUCACAGAUGAGUGUCUCAGUUAGUCCUUUAGAUAAUAGUAUUGAAUUCUCGUUACCCAAAUAUGAUGGAAGUGUGCAAACUGUAACAUUUGAAGAAGUUAAGAUUUUCGAUUCUUUAUGGCAUAAAGUGAUGCUGGGUGUUUCAAUGGAUAGCGUGCGUUUAUGGGUCGAUUGCAAACCAAUGUCAAACGACGACGGGAACUUUAUUGCUCCGUUAGAAGUCAGAGGCCCUAUCGAUGCUUCUAACGGUAUUUUUACAAUCGCUCGUAAUCGACGCACAAUGCAAACCGUACCAAUUGAUCUUCAAUGGAUGAUUUUCAGCUGUGAUAUUGAAAGGCCUAGUUAUAGCGGUUGUGACGAAAUACCGCAGUAUGCGAAAGCUGGUAAAGAGUUAACACGCCCUGAACCAUUUGAGUUGAAGUUUUUCUCAACGACAACCGAACAACCAUGGCUACCUUCUAAUAUUUCUCAAAAUUUACUUGCAAAGAAUGAUUUUGUAUGCCCCGAACAAUGUCCAUCGGGCCCACCGGGUCCACCUGGACCAGAAGGUCCCGUUGGCCUACCUGGCUUACCUUCACCAGUUGUGGAACCUUACCAUAUAUUAGGUCCUAAGGGCGAUAAGGGAGAAAGAGGCGACGUAGGGCCGAUGGGCUUUCCUGGACUUCCUGGUGAAAGCGGUCAAACAGGUCCUCAAGGGCCACCGGGCGUGGGUUUACCUGGUUCGAAAGGCGAACAAGGGGAAAGGGGUUUACAUGGUUUCGAUGGCCCACCGGGUCCGCCUGGAUUACCUGGUUUAAAGGGCGAAGUAGGUUCAACGGGAAAGCCUGGUAAGGCCGGAUUAUAUGGCGCUCCUGGUCCUCAAGGGCCUCCCGGAUUAGGAUUGAGAGGUCCGGCUGGUCUUCAAGGGAUUCCGGGUGAGAAAGGCGAAAGAGGCUUACCAGGAUUAAAUGGCUCUCCCGGACUGCCGGGUCCCCCAGGACCAAUGAGCAAUUCAGAGAGUGUAAGCACGGAAUAUCAUCACUUUAGGGAAGCUGAUAUACGUGAGAUUUGUACAGCUGUCGUGAGAGAUUAUAUAAAUGAGAUUUCUAGCACAUUAACGGGACCACCAGGCCCGCGAGGAAGGCCUGGAACAAGCCAUCCUGGUUUGCCAGGCAUACAAGGUGAAGUGGGGCCUCAGGGAAUUCAGGGCGAACGGGGCUAUCCUGGGAUGCCAGGAUUACCAGGAGAACAGGGUCGCCCAGGUCCUACAGGGCCGGAAGGACAGAAAGGCGACCGUGGUUCCACAGGAGAAGGCAGAGUAGGUCCUAUGGGUCCACCUGGACCACCUGGGUCCGAAGGACGCGGUGUAGACGGCCUACCAGGUAGACCAGGCGAGCGUGGCGACACUGGCAAACCAGGGGAACCUGGUCUACGAGGUCCACCUGGAGAUGCAGGCGUAUGCCCGGAUUGUUCACUUUAUCAGGCAGCCUAUGCUUAUCCCCUAUUAUUGGCUCAACAGCAGCAAAACAAUAAGGGACCUCAAAGAUAUUAUAGAAAAUAGUGUUUAAGGGUAUAAGGAGGGUUGGGAGAAUUGAAUUGUAUGUGUGCUAAUGUCAUUCAUUCUACGAUAUUUAAUUUUAAUAGGAGUACAGGAAAGUGCUUUCUUCUGCUGGACGUAAAAAAUAUUUGUUUGACUUUGCUCUCUUCAAAGCAGACCACAAGCAAACAAACAUGUGGCUUUUACGGUUUGACUAACCGUCCCUCAUGCCAGAUUUCGACAUUUAUGCAUUAGC